AGGUGCAGCGACCCAAUGUUGAACGCCGCUUGAUGAGCGACAUAAGCGUUGUCAAGACUUUCUCGAUGAUUACACGAGAGAUCUUCCCCGUUGACUACUACCUCGUGCGCUGUGAACUAGAGGAGCAACUUCAGGACGAGUUCGACUUUACAGCAGAAGCAAAUGGCAUGGAUCGGAUUGCUGAUGCUUUGUGCAGGGGAGGUCGCCACCCUGCUGUGCAUGUGCCUCGAAGUAUUCCUGGUUUGACGUCAAAGCGGGUCCUUUGUAUGGAUUUUGUGCCUGGCGCGCCAUUGUCACAAUUGCGAGAAGAGCUUAAAAAGCGAGGAAUUGAGAUUGAACCUGGCUCACUCGCAGAACAAGUCUUUGGGCGGAAACUCUUGUCCUCUCUGACGGAAGCCUUUGGCAUUAUGAUCUUCGAGGAGGGCUUUUUCCAUGCUGAUCCACAUCCUGGAAAUAUCUUUAUCAGGCCUGAUGGGACGAUAUCCUUGAUCGAUUUUGGUCAGACAAAGCAGAUCAACUUCAAAUUUCGGAAGCAGGUUGCAGAGUUGAUGACAAGGGUGGCAGAGUACAACAAGAUGUUGGACCAGGACACCGAAGAUGCGGUGCAGUACCUACAGUCGCUAGGGGGCUUUGCCAAAAGCAUGGGAGUCGAAUUCCUUCCGUCUGCUGGGCCCUCCUGUGCAGGUGCUUUGGCGCUGUGGCUCUUUGAUAGCAGCAGAAGAGAACUUCCCGAUGGCUAUGAAGCCAACGAGCUUUCGCCAAAUUGUCCAGUUCGAGAUGUGGCAUCCUUUCCUAGAGAGUUUGUCCUCCUUUGUCGCAUGACAUUACUCAUACGUGGGCUGGCGAUGCGCUUGAACGUGGGGUGGUCUUUGGCUGAUGCAUGGAAGAAGCCAGCACAAAAACUGCUCGAUGGCAGCCUGCCUGGCUGCGAACCCAGAAGGACUUCCAGGCAAAUCUGCCUGGGUCGGACCAAUUUUAUUCGUAACAUGUCAUGUUAG